GAGCUCCUUAACCAACAUGCUGCUGAGCAGAUCUUGUUGUGGGUGCUACUUUAGGGUCAGAAUCGGAGCACGUGGCUCUUGGUGGUUUCUUUCGGUGAAGCACGCUGGACUGUCCGGGGCCCUAAAAGUAGUCAGAAGGAGCAGGCUGGAUAGCCACCGGCUUCCUGUGGGGGGCCCUCGGAUGCAUGCACAUAAUCUCAGGCUGCCUGUGAACCACCCAGGUGUUCAGUCGAGGCUUCUUAGGUUGUCAGCCAUCCCCAAGUUUGCUAAGGAGUGUUUUCACACAGGUUCUCCCAGCAAUGCUGAACAGUGGCAAGGUGAGGCUGCAGAAGCCCUCCUGGAUAUCUGCGUGAGAAGGCACUUCCUUAGAAGAAGGGAGACACCCCAGCAACGCACCUGGGACUCUUACCUGAAGGGAGACUGCCCGGGCUUUGGGCCUCUGGGGGUGGAGCUGAGGAAGAACUUGGCUGCCCAGUGGUGGGAGACCAUUGUUGUGUUUAGGGAACAAGUUUUUGCAGUUGAUGCCCCAGUGCAGGACUUUUCAAAGGCUGUUGAGACAUCACCAGGGGAAUUCUUGAGAGCAGUGCCCACAAAAACUCUUUGGGAAGUAUUGAAGGAGGAGGACUUGAGCAAGCAAGAAUUGUUGGACUCUCUGGAGAAGAUGCUGAAGGUGUCUGGGAUGCUGCGGGACAGCCUUCUGCAUGGUGCGUUAGAACAAUAUGUUGAUUGCUUGGAAUUGGUAAACAAGAGGCUGCCUUUUGGGGUUGCUCAGAUUGGUACAUGUUUCCACCCAGUUGAAAAUGAUGAAGAAAACAAUCAUGUGAGAACAGGAGAAAGGACAACAACCUCCCUCGUGUGGUAUAGCUCUGCCAGAACUGCAGGACAGUGGCUUGAUUACUGGUUACGUCAGCGCCUUCUGUGGUGGAGAAAGUUUGCAGUAAACCCAUCCAACUUCAGCAGCAGUGACCAUCAAAGUGAAGAAGGCCGAAGAGGAAGCAACAUUUAUUACAGCUUUCCUUGGGGAAAAGAACGGAUAGAAACUUUGCAGAAUUUAGGAGAUACUGAACUGCUGCAAAUGUAUUCUGGAAGAGCAUCUCAGCUGCAUGGUCGAGAUGGCAGAAAGAAUGCUGUUCCUCAUAUCCUGUCUGUGAGUGGCAAUCUAGACUAUGGAGUACUAGCAUAUCUGUGUGACUGUAUGCAGCUGACUGAAAAUGCAUUACCAAGAAAGAAGGCAUUCCAGAGAAAGGUGCUUAAGCUUCACCCAUGUUUAACACCAAUCAAAGUUGCAUUGGAUGUGGGAAGAGGUCCAACCACAGAACUGAGACAGGUGUGUCAGGGAUUGUUCAGUGAACUCUUAGAAAAUGGAAUUUCUGUUUGGCCUGGAUAUCUUGAAACAAUGCCGUCAUCACUGGAACAGCUGUAUACAAAAUAUGAUGAAAUGAGUAUACUCUUCACAAUCCUGGUCAGUGAUGCUACGUUAGAGAAUGGUGUGGUCCAGCUGAGAAACAGGGACACUACAAUGAAAGAAAUGAUGCAUAUAUCUAGAUUAAAGGACUUCUUAACCAAAUACAUAUCAGCAGCCAAAAAUGUAUGAGUUAAAAUAAAAAUAAUUUUGUAUCAUCCUA